AUUGGCUGGAUACGGCACCAUGGGGAAGACAAAAGAACUGACAAUGGACUUGCAUAAUAAGUGAAUAUUUCAACUAACACAACCAUAUUGGAGGAGGAGGAGCAAUGGUCUCGUAUUGAGAAGCCUCUGAUCGUGGUCAUUCUUAGCAUUGAGAUAGUGCUGGGGAUUCUGGGAAAUGGUCUGGUCCUAAUUGUUAAAAUGGUGUGUAGGGAUCAAUAUCAGUGUGUUUACUGGCUCCCGUUUGUCAGUCUCACUCUCUCUGACUUGUGUUGUGCCUUGCUGAUCAUGACCAGUUCCUUACUGGCUAUUUUGACUGGAGGUCAGAGCUCACCGUGGUGUGAGGUGGUCAGUCUGUUUAAGUUCACCUUCAUCACAUCCUCCAUUGGAAGCAUAGCACUCCUCUGUGUCCAGCGGUAUAUGGGCCUGCUCUUCACUAGAAGAGGCUUGUCUGUCAUCCUAAUAGUGGCAUGUUUGGCUUCCUGGUUGUUAGGUGCCAUAUUCGGGGUGGUGCCAGUGAUCUACAAAUGGGUUAGGUUUGACCCUGCGGAGAUGAUGUGUGCUGUAUUCUGGGAGAGCAGUUACUCUGACAUGCUGGUGUAUAUUCUCUGCGCCUUCAUCGUCACAAUAUUACCACCUUUGCUGCUCAUUAUCACCUGCUCCUUACUGACUGGGGCUGGCUAUGGGAAAAACUGUGCCAGGCCGACAGAUUUGUCAUCUGUCACUCCGCUGUUGGUGGGAACUUAUCUGCUCUGCUAUACUCCUUUUAUUUUGUCAGAAAUGAUUAUGCUUGGGAGACUGGAUCUGUCACCAUCUCCUGAGUGGCUGAGAACACUUUCAUCAGUCAUGGCUUAUCUGGACUGUAGUGUGAACCCCAUCAUUUACUGCAUUAACCAAGACUUUCGAGAAGCAAUACUUGCACUUCUGUGGACCAGCAGAAAGUCAAGCUUGCCUGAACCUGUACUGACCAGCAUAACAAAAAUAGACACAUGAUAUAGAAUAUGUGUAUCUGAUGGAUGGAUUUUUAUACAUAUUUUAAAUUGAGUUGCUUCAUUACAACUGCAGGACACUACUUUGGUACAGUGAUUAAAGCGGAAAAAUAGGCCUAAUACCCUUCCGUCCUUCCCUGUAUUAUCAUGUUGUAUUUUUUUUUAAUUACGAGUGAACCUUUCUACUAUAAUCACAAAUUAUAUGAUGUGUCUUGUACUGUAUUUGUAUCUGUUCUUUUCAAAUAAUGCAUUCAUAUUCAGUAAAUGUGUGUGUUAGGGGAAAAAUACAUUUUUCAGGGUUUGCAGUGAAUAAGUCAGUAAGCUGUUGAAAAACAAAAAAAAAUAUUUUCAGUCAUUAAAAUGAAAUAUUUAGAGCUAUUUAUAAAAAGCCUAUUCAAUUUUAGUGGUUUAAACUGUCAUUGGUGCAUCUCUCUUUGCCUUCAUAUUUAUUAGCGUUGAUUUAUGUGAUUUGAUAGUCUGAAGUGAUGUUAUUUCAGCUUCUUACACCAUUUAAUCUAAACUAUGUAUUUCUGUAGUAAGCACUGUGAGGCAAGCAUUGAUUUUAAUAGUGGUUUUAAUGGACACCAUCUGCACAGAGAGACAUAUAUACAAAGCGAACAUUCAUUUAACCCACAAAACAUUUGAGAUGCAGUACUUUGUUUUUGUGUGUUGUAUAUUUCAGUCAUUUGCUGCUAUAAAAUUAAAAUAGCAGAAAAAGAUUUUCAUAGAAUUUUAAUUUAUCAAUAAAUAAUGAAAAUAAAA